AUGGCGUCCAUGGCCGACCUGGACAAUCACGUGGCCCUAUUGCGAAAGCAAAUUGCGACCACGGAAGCGCAACUCGCAUCGCUGAAGCAGCAGCUUUCGCAGACGGAGGCUCGUGCGUCGCGAACGCGCCUGCUGAACGCUUCGUACCAUGGCGGCUUUCCAGCAGAGUGGAUUGGCGAGAUCUCGUCCGUAUUGACCGAUGAAUUGGUCAAUUCGGAGUUGUACACGCCAUCCGUGGCAUCGGGCGGAAGCGCUGAGGGCAUCGCGAUGAGCAUUCGUCAAGAGGCGGGAAUCGAAGGACGCGAAUUCGUGACGCCAGAACCUGUCAGCAGCGGUCGCUGGCCGCUUCAGAGCGAAGAGUACAAGAGAUAUGGACGCCAGAUGAUCAUGCCAGAAGUGGGUCUGCAUGGCCAACUGCUGCUGAAGCGCGCAAGGGUGCUCGUGGUUGGGGUUGGAGGCCUGGGCUGUCCAGCAGCUUCGUAUCUCGCUGGAGCAGGCGUGGGCACGCUGGGCCUCAUGGAUGGCGACGUCGUGGAGGUUUCGAAUCUCCAUCGCCAAAUUGCGCACAGCGCCACAAGAGUCGGGAUGAGCAAAGUGGACAGCGCAUACGAUUUCUUGUCAGAGCUGAACCCUCUCGUCAAGUUCCAGCGACAUCACUUCCACCUCACGCCGGAAAAGGCGAUCCAUAUCUUCUCACAGUACGAUCUCGUGCUCGACUGUACAGAUCACCCUACGUCGCGCUACCUCAUCUCAGAUGCAUGUGUCUUGACAGGCCGACCGCUCGUCUCUGCAUCAGCUUUGAAGACGGAAGGUCAGCUCAUCGUUCUCAACAACCCACCAAGACCACCUGGAGAUCCGGCGGGUGGGCCAUGCUACCGAUGCGUCUUUCCCAAGCCUCCACCAGCAGAUUCUGUACUCUCUUGUGGUGAAGGGGGCGUGCUGGGUCCAGUGGUUGGAGUGAUGGGCGUUUUGCAGGCACUUGAGGCAAUCAAAGUCUUGACUACAAAACCCAAGGUGUCACAUCAAGCAGGCAGUCCAAUCGACCUUGCUGCGCUGAUGUCGCUCCCGCCAUCGCCUUCAUUACAGCCACAGGAAGAACCUCCGCGUCCCACGCUGACAAUCUUCUCCGCAUAUUCCACGCCACAAUUUCGAAGUGUACGAAUGCGAACUCGAAGAGCCGACUGCGCAUGCUGUUCUGCGCAGGCCAUUGUGACACGAGAUAGCCUAAACUCGGCCUCGUUGGAUUAUGCAGCUUUCUGCGGCCUGAAUAGUCCAAUCAACGUCCUGCCACCGGAGUCGAGGAUAUCUGCAUCCGAAUUUGCUCGCCUGCCACGAGAUGGAAGUAAUGCACUGAUCGACGUACGCGACGAGACACAAUACCAGAUGUGCGCGCUGCGAGGUAGUCUCAACGUCCCCUGGAAAGGAAGUGCUCAAGGCUGGCUUGAGAAAGCUUUCCAGACCGGGGCGCUUCCUGGUCCCGGUGGCGGCAGUGAUUACUACGUUGUCUGUCGCUACGGUAACGACUCCCAGCUAGCAGUGAAAGCGAUACGCGACUUGCUGCAACAUGCUGGCACGGAGUCCAGGAUCAACGUCAAAGACAUCAAAGGCGGGUUCCGCGCCUGGAAGGAAGAAGUCGACCGAGAGUGGCCAGAGUACUGA